GACUUUUCCUACUACACAGUCAAAAAUGUAAACACUGAUUUUCAGAAAAUGGUGAGGAGAGGCCGAGGUCAAUUGUUUUAACAUUCAUUUCCUGGAGAAUCUCACCAUGUCACGACUUGUUUAGUUUACCAAGAAAUAAUUAAUUAAAAAAUCAACAACAUGGAAAUGGCUACAGCCGAUUUACCAACUCUUCCUGAUGUCUUCAGCUUUUGUCUGGAAAAUCACAAAUUCCGAGAACGAUGGCAGGACAUAUACAAAUUAGCGGAUGAACAUAUACGCGAGACGCGUCUAUAUUGCAAAGACCUCUUUGAUUCUGAAAAUUGGAAAAGUGGAGAGCAGUUUGUCCUUGAGCAUGAUGAGAUGGACCCAAAGAGUGAUGCUGCCUAUAAACUGAUGUUCAAGAUGAUUCUGGAACAUUUUGACAGCAUGGAGCAUGAGGAAGCAGACCAAACCCAGAGGCUAUCUCAGAGAGUGGUGUAUGACAACAUCAAGAAUAAUUACGAAAAAAAUCCCAAACCAUUUAUAACCAGUAUGUGCCGGUAUCUGCACGAGGAAACAAGACUACUGACACAGUUUGUGGCUGCAGAGGCAAAGGCCAUGGAAGUGAGCUCCUAUGAUGACCAAGAUCAGAUCCUCAGAUAUAUGGAUGAGUGCAGCAAGAGUGUCAGUGUCUGUAUUGACAAAUUAGAAUCCUUGGAGGACCACCUGAAUAACCAAGUUGGUUUUGAUCACCUGGGUGGUGGAUACAAUGGAAUAAACGCAUCAGAGCAACAGAGGAAACAGAUUGAAUCCCAUCAGAAAAAAAUUCAGUUACUUGCUAGUCUUCACCAGGACAUCAAAUGUUACCUAACAGAAAUUGAGAACAAGGCUGUAGAGGCUGAAUCCAUACUUGUGAGGAAGAUGUCAGCUUACAAGAAACAGCUGCAGUUGUUUUAUGUGGACCUAGUGGAUCAUAGGCCCCCUAUUCCUACAGAAGUGGAGAGAGGAUUUUCCUGGUUGGGUCAAAUAUUGUAUGAUAAUCUGCAAUAUGCCUUGCCAAAACUAGAAUUAUUAGCAGGAUUUGAUAUGGUACAAAAAACAACCUGCAGUCUAAGAAACUGCUUUGAAAAACUUCUUAUAAGUUCAUUUGUUGUAACUGAACAGCAGAAGCACAUAAUAAAAGUUGAACUGGGAUCAAAAAAACGUAACAAAGAGGCAGAUGGCAAUGGAGAGGAAGCAGCCAAUCAGAAGUUUCGUUGUCCAAAGUUCUUUGCCGUUGUCAGACUCCUAGCCUGCGAUAAUAUUGAUUGCAAAGGGAAAGUGAAAGCGCAGUUUUGUAACGAGUCAGAAGUCAACGAAAAAUAUCACAAUCGCAAUUGGGAAAGUCCAUGUGAUAUUAAGAUGAAGGCCAAAACAGACGAAUCAACCUUUGAGAAGAAGAAAGCUUUGGCUUCUUUUAAGAAAAUGGAGAUUGAAAAGUUUGAAAGGAAACCAGAUGUUCAAGUUUGCGAGGAUAAAUUUAGGAUUGUAUUCACAACAAGGGUCAAAAUUGGCGACCAAGAAAUUCUUGUAGCUACAAUUUCUCUGCCUAUUGUGGUAACAACAGGAGCCAGUCAGAGCUGUAAUGUACAUGGCUCUCUUCUUUGGCAGUGCUUUAGCACCAAUGAUGCUUUUCAGUUGCCAAUAGAAACGGCCAACUCCUUGAAGUGGCACAUAGUGUUUGAUAUGUUGAACAGGAAGAUGCUAACAUUAGGAGGAAGGGACCUAUGUAUUGAUGAGAAAGCUCAUCUAGGGAGCAGGCUCAUGCUGGAGGAUAACCCAAUACCAGAUGAGAUGGACAUUCCAUUUAGGAGAUUUUGUGUGGAGAAAAUGAUGGAUAUUAAGGAAGGAGAUGACAAGAAGAAAUCGGCCACGUUUUGGAUGUGGUUCCUGGCUGUUUUUAAUCUGACCAAAUCUCAUCUCAAAGAUUAUUGGAAUGAUGGGCUGAUCGCGGGUUUCAUCAAGAAGGAAACAGCCGAACAAAGACUGAAGAAUAACAUUCAACCCAUGCAAGAGUAUACUUACCUCUUAAGGUUCUCGGACAAGGUCAUUACUGAUGGUCAAGGUCAAAAUCUUUGUGGAGCCAUAUCUGCUACGGUCUUGUACAAAAACAAAAAAGGCCAGUGGAAAUGCUUUCCAACGGACCCUUUCAAAGCAGACACCUUCAAGAAGAAGACUCUUGCUCAAUGUGUGAAGAACACAUGCAUUCCAGGUGAUACUAAAGUUCACCUCUUGCAAUGGUUAUACAAAUCGCCGACAUCUUCUAUCAGGACAGAGGAGGCUUUCCAACUUUACAAUACUGAGAGCAGAAGCAAGGGAGAAAAUCAAGGUUACAAGAAGUUUGAGGAAAUUCUUAUUGUUUCCUUAAAUGAUUUGAAUUUAGAUGAAGAAUCGUCUCAAGAGAGAAAAAGAGAUAUAAAGAAAGCUGUUGCACCGUCAAAGAAACGAGAGGCUGCUAAAAACAGGCCUGGGGUCAUCAAAUCUAAGCGUUUGUCCGAACCCCAGCCAGAGCCUGUUAUGUAUUCUGAUGGCACACACCCCUCUUAUUCACCAAUGUCUUUGCCACCGGGCUCUCCACAGAUACACAGCAUUCCUCAGACGGUUUUGGAUUUCAGCGGGGGUGAGUCACAAGAUAGCAUGGCAGGCCAGCCUCACACUACCACCCUGUAUCAAAGGGUUCCGUACAUGCAGAACUCACAGCAAGUCAUCAUGGACCCAUCUACUUACAGCAAUGCCCAGUCAUUCAGUAUUAACGAAAGCCUCUCAAGUACGCACCCAACACUGUCAGGAAUGUUGGUUACACAGAAUGCUAAUAAUUUCCCAACAAUUGAUGAAAAUGCUCUCGGCCAGACUUACCUGCCUCCAGACGUUAACCAUGGGUACCCUGAAAUGCAAGUGUAUCCUCAGCAACAGACGAGUCAUUCUGCUGCCAUGUACAGCAACCAGCAGCAAGUGAGCCCAGCACCUUCCAUGUAUUCCAUGCAACAACCUAGUCCAGCAAACUCAGUUCAUUCCUUACAGAGCCCAGACCACACCACACAGUUUGUUACCAUGGCUUCGAAUGUUUAUGCCCCAGCUACGACAAUAUCAGAAGGAUCAUCUGGACAGGAGCCUAAGAAAUCACAAGCUUCAUUCGAAGAAAAGAUGAUGCUUUUUCAAAAAUUAAAGAGCAAAAUUGGAGGUGGCAGCUCAGAGUCCUCUGUGAUGUCACCUCCGUAUUCUCAAGCAUUUUCCCCCCAAGCUGCGGCCACACUGCAGUCCCCUCCACACUCGACUUUUCCUCUUGCAGCAUCUCCGGCUGGGAGUAUACAGACUAACAGUGUUCAGUCUCCAUACUCCCAGUCUGUGUACUCGGAGGCCUCCUCUCCAGCUGGGAGUGUUGCAUCACCAGCCGUCAACGAACCCAUGAUUGACAGCGUAGAAGCCAUCUUGAAUGAUCCAACCAACAGGAAUGAGCUCAUUGAAAACUAUGAAAUUGUUUUCAAUGUGCUCAAUUCUUCUCUGGAGGCAUAAUUCCUGUCAAAGGUUUGUAAUGUUUUGAAAGUUAUACUAAUUAUUCUACAAUGAUGCUUCUUGUUUUACCCGCAUGAAGGCUGAGAAAUCUUUUGAUCGGGGGGUGAUGGAACUUUUGCGGAGAAUCUGCACUUUCACAUUGAUGGUAUAAACUGGUGUCGAGUAGCAUGAUGAUUUCAUCUGAUGCUCCAUUGUGCUUCUGUAAGUUAAGAGUCAAGCACCAUGUUAUGUCCAGGAUGUUACAAUGUUUUUUUUAACCUGGUAGGUUUUCGUUGUAUGCGAUUAAUUUAGUUUCAGAUAAUUAAUACAUUAUUGGUUUAUAGCUUGCAAAAAAGAUGCAUGCCCCAUUGGUAAGAAUUGUGUGAUGGUACAUGUAUUUCCAAAAGUACUAAUAAACAUGUUCAAAAAACUUGUGUUUGUGUAUGCACAACUAUUUACUAACUUUACUGCUUCAACAUAAUGUGGUGAAUUAUAUUUUACAGCACAGCAUGUCCUUUAAGUUGAUGCAUGCAGAAGUAUUCUGACAGGUAAAAAAAUGAACAGGACUGCUUUUACAAUGUAUUAAGGGUGUUUGUCGAUGUAUGUGUACUAAUCCAUAAGGUUGUUUAUGGUGGAUUUUAAAAAAAAGAAUUUUCAUCCAUAUUGUUCUGUCUUCUACGACUUUCAAGUUUUUAUUAGUUUACUAGCAUAAAAAUGAUAUAAUUCAUAUUGUGACAUGUCCUUUUUAUUCUUGUAUUUUACAGAUAAAACAGUUCAAAUACACCAGAUGAAUGCAUGGCUCCCUUUGCAAGAUUUUUUAUUAGUCUUUUGUUUUACCUGCUUAAAUUUCUAAUUAAAAUUUUAUAGAUUGCAAGUUUAUUUUUAGUUUUGAAUAACUUGUGAAAUUAUUUUUUCAUAUAUUUUUUCACAUUUUUUAAAGGUGGUCCGUAAAAAAGUUAGGCAUAUUAUUGAGCUUACUGAGGCAUGAAAAUGGUUUAAAGAAGUCUUAUGGAACGUAUGUUUGAUAGACAUUACCAAUUAUAGGUAUUAUUUACAGUAUAAAAACUACAAGCAAAAAAAUAAAGGUAGAUAUUUAUUAAUACGUGUAAUUGCGUACAAUUCUUUAGGUCAAAAAUGGUUUUGCUUUUUUGUGGGAAAAAAGUUUCUUAUUACCGGUACUUAACUUUAUACAAAACUUCGUUUACAUGUAUUCCUAUUUUUUGUUAUUCAUUCAUGAAACAUAUUUUAAAAAAGCUUAAAGUAUUUAUUUUGGGAAGAAAAUGUUAUACACCAAUAUUGCACAAGAAUAAACAGUACAUGCAAAUUAGAAUAUAAAGGCAUUUUGUACUGUACAUGAAUUAUCAUUUUAAUGAGCUUUUGCAAUACACAACAUUAUCUAAUUUUAAGUUUAAAUAUAACAGAGUAACAGUUCAAUUUUCAUGUCUCAUAAAUAAAAAAAAAAUAUGACCCUCCACUGCCUGACAUUUUUACGGACGUCCAUUUUCAUCAAUUUUAUUACCAAUUUGCAUGAGUUUUAUUUUUUCUUUCUUUAUUUGCUUGUCUGUUACUGGUACCAUGUUUUUUUUUCUUUUAUCACUUUGGUUUGAGGCAAGUACAAGCAACUAAACAGUGUUAAACACAGAAUGCCGUAUGUUUUAAUCGAAUCUGCAUGUUGUAGAAUUCGAUCCAAGAAAAAUUGCAAAUUCUAUAUAAAGACUGAAAAAAAAAUCAUAAUUUGCAAGGUUGAAAAAUCAAAUGUAGUUGUAUCAUGGUUGUUGUGUUACACUGAUUUUGUAAACAUGAAUUCAGCGGAGAGGCUGGAUUUGCUUCAACUACAAAACUAAAUACUCAGUAUUCAUGUUUAUCUGGCACACUUAAGGAAUUACUUAAAAUGUGCAUUAGUUUGUAUAUAGCCCUACUUUAAAUUAACAGAGCAUGUAUAUAAAGUUUUUGUACAAAAUUUUGUAUGUAUAUUUUUAUGUUAAGUCUAUGCUAUGUGACAAGUGUUUAUAGUAAUCUUAAGGCUUGCUUUUUAUUCGGUUUGACUUUUUCUAGAAAGUUAGACAAUGUGAUCUUAUUUUUGGUGCAACUGUGUAAUAAUUUUUAUCAACAUUUUUGGGUAUCAAUUUUUGUGGAUUUAACAAAAAAAAUCACAGUUUGAAGGAUACUUUUUAAAUUAAUUCAUGGACGAUGAUCCUAUCACUACAAUAAUUCAUGGAUUAACUUAACAAUAAAAUCCACAAAAACUGUCACACAGUAAUGAAUUUUGAUGAAACCACGAAACAUGUAAUUGCAAUUUAUUGACGUCCUAACUAAUGCGAAAAGGUUAAGCUGUGUAUGAAAUACUGAUUAUGAUUAUUUUGCUGAUCGAUUGCUGAUAUGCCAGGCUGUUUGUAGUCAUUGUUGUAUCUCACUAUGCAAUAAGAUGUAUCUGAUUUCAAUUUGACCAUGUUUUAUUAUGUAAAUAAAAGUCAUUUAAUUGGGCAGCAGGUAUUGCCUAUGUAAGCAUUCUCCAUAAGGCACAAAGUAUGGUGUGUCUCUCUUGAAUUGAGUUUUGCUGAAUUUGCAUAUAGUAAGUUAUAAUAGCUUAGAGCUUCAUUUGAACUUAAUUGCGGGUACAUGUGGUUAUUUUGAAUAAGCCUAUGUUUAGCUUCCACAUGCCAAACAACAGUUUUGACUUAUUUCUGAUUUUUUUUUGUGCACAAAACUCAAUGUGUGAACUUCAAAUUCCACAUUUACAAUAAAACGUUAUUGGGCUUAGAGAUAUUGUGUCAUAUUGUGUACUUGCUGAGUUUGAUUUUCUGAUUUUCUAUGUGAAGGGUAUGCUUAAGGAAUUUUUGUCAUGUUUUCAUAAUAUAUAAACUGCUUUUAUUAUUGUGCCAUAUUUUGUUCGAAGUGCUACAGCAAAACUUUAUUGUUCAUCAAUUUUACUUUGCAUACAUUUCAACCAUCCUCUAUUCAUGCGCAGAUCCAGAAAUUUUUCUCAGAGAGGUCCAAGGCCUUUUUCGGUAAUUUUAAUAUAUGUGAAUAUAAGAAGUUUAAAGCCCCCCCCCCCCUUCCCUUCUUGAUCCGCACAUGCUAAUAUGGUUGGAAAUGAUAUCCCUGCAUGAUGAAUAGGGAGAAUGCUUAAAAAAUAACAUGGGCAAAAUCCAUUGCUACCGCCCUUUUCUCUCUCGGGUUUAUUUUUGUUUGUUUAUGUUUAUCCAAAAGCUAUAAUAUACAAAUCGUCUCUGCUUGCCACAUGCUUGAAGAAAAGUAAAUCAAAAUAAGCGAACUUUUAUUCAAUAUCUUCUGACUGUAUUUUGGCAAGCAAUGUAUUAAAUUUAUAACUAGUUCAAACAGGAGGGCAUUUUAUGUUGAAUUUUAUUACCAUAAUUACAUUGUUUAAGUGUUCGUAUCUUUUUCUGUUCUUUUUUUUUUUUCCUCUCACAUAUUUGUUUCUUUGAAUUUUGUUAAAUAGGUUCAGACCUAUUGAAGAAUAAACUGAUUUGACAAUAAAUGCGAAAACUGUGA